AUGAGCGGUACAAAGUGUCCACAGUGCGAUGUAGAGCUUAAAAAAUGCCUGAUCCAACAGAACUACAGUAUGGUGAUGUGUCCGAACUUGGCCUGUAGUUAUCCCUUCAAUGAACGAGAUGCGCUGAGCAGUACUGUCUAUACCAAAGAUUCCGAAAUCCUGGAUGCUGCGAAGAAACGGCUACGACAGGAAGAGCAGAAAGAUGGGGGUGAGAGUUAA